AUGUUGUCUUGGGCACUCGCGCCGUUGCUGCUCGCUGGCUUGCAAGCCACCACCGUGAGCGCCAUCCCGAGUAUCUCGGCCGUCGGGUCCAAGUUCUUCUACGAGAACGGCACCCAAUUCUACAUCAAGGGUAUUGCUUAUCAGCUCACACCGGACGACCCACUGGUCGAUACUGCCCAAUGUAAGCGUGAUAUCGCCCGCAUGGCCGAGCUGGGCACCAACGCCAUUCGGGUGUACCAUGUGGACCCGAGCGCGGAUCACAAGGGCUGUAUGACGGCUCUGGCAGAUGCAGGAAUCCACCUGUUCGUGGAUCUCGAUACUUUCACCACUCAGAUCGAACAGACUAAUCCUCACUGGAAUGAGACUCAGUUUGAUCGCUUCAAGGAGGUUCUUGAUGAGUUCCAGCAGUACAAGAACACUGCCGGUGUUCUCGUCGGAAAUGAGGUCUUGACCACCCCCGAGGGCGUUCCCGCGGCUCCCUAUGUCUUGGCUGCUGCCCGUGAUGUGAAAGCCUACCGUGAUCAGAAGGGCUAUCGCGAGAUCCCCGUCGGUUACUCCGCAGCCGAUAUUGCUGAUUUGAGACCCAUGCUGCAGAACUACUUGGCGUGUUCCUCCAAUGCCUCCGAGCGCUUGGACUUCUACUCGCUGAAUGCAUACGAGUGGUGCGGAGACUCGACCUACUCGCUGUCUGGUUACAGCGCACUGCAGAAGAAUGCGACUGAUUACCCCAUUCCUAUCUUCUUCUCUGAGACUGGCUGUAACACCGUCAAGCCGCGUACUUUCGGGGACCAGUCCGCUAUCUUUGGUGACCAGAUGGCCGAUACUUGGUCUGGAUCCAUCAUCUACGAGUGGAUUGAGGAGACAAAUGACUACGGAUUGGUCAGCUACGGCGCUUCCGUCGACCCGUCAACUGCCACUGCCACUGACGUCCAGGACGGUUUCACUCGCCAGGGUACUCCAACCCCGAUCUCUCCCGAUUUCCAAAACCUCAAGUCUCAGUGGGCUAGCCUGAACCCAACCGGUGUUGCGCUGUCUGCCUACAAGAAGAGCGCCUCUAGCGCGUCUCUCGAGUGCCCUGCGUCGACCUCUGGUGGCUGGUCGAUCAACCCUAACUCGCCGCUUCCUACCCUGGGCCAGACCUACAAGAAGGGAGACGACGAGUACACUGCUACCACUACAGCCGGCGGAGCUAGCUCCACCGGCUCCUCCACCACUGCCUCUUCCACCAAGGGCGCUGCCAACGCAAUUGCCGCCACUUCGCCAGUCACCGAGCGUCUGCUCGCUGGCUCUCUUGUGCUCUCCGGCCUGGUUGGCGUUGUUGCCUUCUGGCUGUAA